UUUCCAAGUCGCAUCCCAACAAAAUCGCUCUCUCUGUCCAACCACGCUCCUCUCUCUCUCUCUCUCUCUCUCUCUCCACUUUUCCCAGAAUUUCUAGGGUUUUCACUUUACUCUCCAAAACCCCCACCCAACUCUCCCAAUCAGCUUCACCUCUCGUAAUCCCGUUAAACCCUCCAAAACCCCUUCACUUGCGUAUCAAUCUCUUCUUCGCAUUUUGCUCAUUUUCUUCCGAAAUUCUCGCUCUAUAUAUAUAUAUAUAUAUAUAUAUCUAUAUAUCGCUCUUCGUCACUAAGUCUGUAAUAACUCAAUCCAUUCAUGGCCAAGACCAAACCUGGGAAAAAGGACCUCGACUCUUACACUAUCAAGGGCACCAACAAAGUCGUUAGACCCGGGGAUUGUGUGUUGAUGCGACCAUCAGACUCCGAUAAGCCUCCCUACGUGGCGCGCGUGGAGAAGAUCGAGGCCGAUCACCGGAACAACGUGAAGGUCCGCGUCCGGUGGUAUUAUCGCCCCGAGGAGUCGAUCGGAGGGCGGAGACAGUUCCACGGCGCGAAAGAGCUCUUCUUAUCGGACCACUACGAUGUGCAGAGUGCCCACACCAUAGAAGGCAAGUGUAUAGUCCACUCCUUCAAGAACUACACCAAGCUUGAGAAUGUGGGAGCUGAGGACUACUUCUGUAGGUUCGAGUACAAGGCUGCCACCGGUGGCUUCACCCCCGACCGCGUCGCCGUGUAUUGUAAAUGCGAGAUGCCCUAUAACCCGGACGACCUUAUGGUGCAAUGCGAGGGGUGCAAGGACUGGUUUCAUCCCUCUUGUAUGGGUAUGACCAUUGAAGAGGCAAAGAAAUUGGAUCACUUUUUAUGUUCUGAUUGUUCAUCAGACGACGAUGCCAAAAGAUCUUUGAAUGCUUUCCCUGUAUCGCCAUCUGUUGAGACUAAGGUGGAGCCGAAGCGCAGGAAGAGAUGAAAUUUUUUCAUUGGGCACAGCAAGGAGUAUCUAGUUCAUUGGCAUUAGCGCCAGUGUUGUGUGUUUGUAAUGUACAGUGCAGAGAAGAUACUGUGCUUGCACAAACCAAAGGCCUUUUUUUUUUCUCCCUCUAAUUUAUCAUGCUCAAUGUUUGUAUGUGUGCUAGAUGUAGGAGAUGACUUUGUGAUCUGUGUUUCCCUUGCAAGUACUGUGCAAAAAGCACAAUAAUCUUGUUAAAAAGAGCACAGAAGAACACACGAAAACAAAUCAAACUGAAAUGAUUUUGGAGG